UUAUUAUAUAAAGAUGUUCGCUACUACUCUUAAAAGAAUAUCAGCAAAGAAAUUCUUGACUCCUCAAUCAGUACGUUUCAUGAGCACUCUGCCAGUAAUCGAAACUAUUGAGGGACAUAAACCACCUUCAAAAGACGAUAGUGUUGAGGGAAGAUAUGCCACUGUGUUAUUUACUUGUGCCUCAAAAGCUAACUCUCUCCAUAAAAUUUAUGAAGAUAUGCACACCCUCUCUGAGUUGUACAAGAACUCAGAGGCUUUGCGAACCUUGACCCAAAACUCCGGCCUUUCCGUCUCCGAAGUCUCCAUCCUCAACGACGCCUUGAGAGAUGUCGGAGAGAUCCAGGACUUGACCUCCAGAUUUAUAGAAGUUUUAGCCGAAAACAAGAGACUCAACAAUUUAGCCAAAGUUGCUGACAAAUACCAAAAGUUGUACCAGGAGCUUAAUAAAGAAGAAAAGAUGACCAUUUACUCCGCCAGAGAGCUCUCUCAUGACCAAAAGGACCAAGUUCUUGCUGCUUUGAAAGAAAACCCAGACAACGCUGACAAGCACUUUAUUAUUGAUUUUGAGGUUGAUAAAACCAUCAGAGGUGGACUUGUACUUUAUACAGAGACAGAAUAUAUGGACAUGUCAUUGACUUCCAGAAUUAAUAGAAUCAGACAAGAAGUAAACUUCCUCACCUCUUAA